AUGCUCUCUAUCAGGACUGCUCUGGUUCUGACAGCCGUAGCCGUCGUAGAGCCCAGCUUUGAUGAAUAUCGUCUGCUUCAAUAUCUUAAAGAGAACUACGAUCAUUUCGAGCGUCCCGUCGAAAACAGCUCACUUCCACUAGAUGUCAAAGUGCGCUUCCUCCUCAACCAAAUAUUGGACAUUGACGAGAAGAAUCAAGUGAUGUCUAUUCUCGCCUAUAUCGAUUUCCACUGGAAUGACUAUAAACUUCGCUGGGAUCCCAAGUCGUUUGGAGGGAUUAAGGAUGUGCGUUUCGCCGGAGAAAGCGAUGCACCAUUCAAGCUUUGGAGACCAGAUGUGCUUCUUUUUAACAGUGUCUCGGAGGCAUUUGAUGCAACAUACUCAUCUCGAUUCAUUGUAAACUACGACGGUGAAGUUCAACAAAAUCCUCCAGGAAUUUUUAGGUUCAUAUGCAAGGUUGAUGUGACGUACUAUCCAUUCGACACGCAAACAUGUUUUCUAAAAAUGGGCAGUUGGACAUACAGUGGCAAUUAUAUAAAUCUUGACUUCAUGCUGAGCCAAAUCAUAGGAGUAAAAGGACAUCCCGUAAAUGCGAGCAAACGUCCAUAUGGCGAAAAUCCCGGCAGCUAUAUGCUAAACGAAUCUAUCGACUUACAAGUUUACCUUCACAAUGGCGAAUGGGAUCUCAUGAGUACUCCUGGAACUCGAGUGGUGACCCCGUUUGGGGAUUCAUCGUAUCACGAGCUGUAUUACUACAUACGCAUUAGAAGGAGAACGUUGGCAUACGGUAUCAAUCUGAUCAUUCCUUCUUUGGUGAUCUCUAUGAUGACAGUGCUAGGUUUCACGCUGCCACCGGAUGCUUGUGAGAAAAUAACAUUAGAGACAACAGUUCUCCUAUCAGUGAUCUUCUUUCUCCAAAUGGUUUCAAACAUGAGCCCACCGCAGUCGAAGAGUGUUCCGAUUUUGGCAGCGUUCUUCUCGUGCUGUUUGAUGGUGGUGGCAUGCUCAUGUGUAUUUACAGUACUCUCGCUUUGUUUGUACUCAAGAAAAGCUGAGACUCACGAAAUGAGUCCAUUUAUGCGUCGGUUGUUCGUGGAAUGGCUCCCAUAUGUUCUCAUGAUGCGUACGCCAGAUCAUCCAAGAGCCCCAAAACCGAAGGUAAUCGGCAAGACCGUUGCGCCAAUCCACCGUUUGAGUACCUUACCAAUUCUGAACUUGCCUCGACCGUCUGAUGUCAACGCUGCCAUCAAAAGUAGUUCUAGCGUUGAACAAGAGAAGCGUCCACCGUGCUUGAAGUACUUCGAUCAAUUCUGCGACGAAUUGAAAGCGAUCAACAAAGAUCUAGAGAAGAUGACGGCUACUAUCAAGGAGACGUACGAGCACGAAUUGAUUAUCUCAGAGUGGCGAUUUGCAGCAAUGGCCGUGGAUCGCCUUUGCCUCUAUAUGUUCUCAGUCUUCAUUGCCGUUUCGACUUGCGGCAUCAUCAUGCCGCACAUCAUCACGGGUUUGCAAGAGGAACCAUAA